GAAAAACACCCCAACUCACCAAUGACAGCAAAGCAGAUAUUGGAAGUGAUUCAGAAAGAAGGAUUAAAAGAAACAAGUGGAACCUCUCCAUUAGCCUGUCUGAAUGCAAUGCUUCACACUAACACUCGAAUAGGAGAUGGAACAUUCUUCAAAAUCCCUGGAAAGUCAGGCCUCUAUGCUCUCAAAAAAGAGGAAUCGUCAUGCCCAGCUGAUGGAGCAUUGGAUUUAGGCUGUGAGUCUGAAUUAGAUGGCACAGAAAUGGCUGAGGCAAAUGCUAAUGGAGAGGAAAAUGGAGUUUGUGCAAAGCAGGUAACUGAUGAAGCGUCUUCCACUCGAGAUUCAAGCCUUACUAACACAGCAGUACAAAGCAAGUUAGUGUCUUCCUUUCAGCAACACACCAAAAAGGCUCUUAAACAGGCUUUGAGGCAGCAGCAGAAAAGAAGAAAUGGAGUCUCAAUGAUGGUAAACAAGACUGUUCCUCGUGUUGUUUUGACACCAUUAAAGGUGUCUGAUGAACAGUCGGAUUCGCCUUCAGGAUCUGAAUCUAAAAAUGGUGAAGCAGACAGUUCAGAUAAAGAAAUGAAACAUGGGCAAAAAUCCCCCACUGGAAAACAAACAAGUCAGCACUUAAAACGAUUAAAAAAGUCUGGUUUAGGACACUUGAAAUGGACCAAAGCUGAGGACAUUGACAUAGAAACUCCAGGAUCUAUUCUUGUCAACACUAAUUUGAGAGCAUUGAUAAACAAACACACAUUUGCUUCCUUACCUCAGCAUUUCCAACAAUACCUCCUGCUUUUGCUCCCAGAAGUAGAUAGGCAGAUGGGAAGUGAUGGAAUUUUGCGCCUCAGUACUUCAGCUCUAAAUAAUGAAUUUUUUGCAUAUGCAGCACAAGGAUGGAAACAGCGGCUGGCAGAAGGAGAGUUUACCCCAGAAAUGCAAUUACGAAUAAGGCAAGAAAUUGAGAAGGAAAAGAAAACAGAACCUUGGAAAGAAAAAUUCUUUGAAAGGUUUUAUGGAGAAAAGUUGGGAAUGUCAAGAGAAGAAUCUGUGAAGCUCACUUCUGGACCAAACAAUGAUGGCGCUGAAAGCAGUUCCUCAUGUGGGACCUCUAGUCUUCCAGGUUCUUCUGCACAGACACCCUUAGAAGAGCCACAGCCAAAAAGCAUGAAAAGCCCAGCUUCCCCAGAGCCUGAUUUCCGUGCCACACUUUGUCCUAUGGUGGAGAGUCCAGCUAAAGAUAUAAUGGCAGAAUCUGAAUCAGAGGAUAUCUUGAUCCCUGAAGAAUCUGUGAUUCAGGAGGAAAUUGCAGAAGAGGUAGAGACUAGUAUCUGUGAAUGCCAGGAUGAAAAUCUUAAGGCAAUACCUGAAUUUUCUGAGGAGUCUGAAAGUGCAAAUAACUUGCAUGAAGAGUCCCAAAUCUCAGCUCCAGAAGAUAACUUGGAAUCCUGUGUUAUGAUGAAUGAUGUUUUAGAAACUUUGCCUCAUAUUGAAAUUAAGGUGGAAGAGAAAUCAGAAUCUCCCCAAGAAGAAAUGUCAGUUGUUAUUGAUCAAAUAGAAGUCUGUGACUCUCUUGUUCCUUCCACUUCAUCUGUGACUCACAUCAGGGACACAGAACACAGAGAGCCAGAAACCACAGUAGAGACCAGUACUCCAAACAUACAAACAGGGGCAUCUUCUUUAGAAGGCCAGUUUCCAAGUGAAGGGAUUGCUGUAGAUAUGGAACUACAGAGUGAACCUGAUGAACAGUUUUCUGAAAAUGCUUGUGUAUCUGAAACUUCCUUCUCUUCUGAGAGCCCAGAAGGAGUCUGUCCCAGCCUGACAUCCCCAGGUGGGGAAACCCAGUCCACAUCUGAAGAAUCAUGUACUCCAGCCUCCCUUGAGACAGCAUUUUGUUCUGAAGUGUCCAGCACUGAAAAUGUGGACACAUAUAAUCAGAGAAAGUCCAGUGAUGAAAACCUCCAUGCAUCUUUGAUGUCAGAAAUAUCUCCAAUCUCCAGUUCACCAGAAAUAUCAGAAGCAUCUCUUAUGUCCAACUUGCCUUUAACAUCAGAAGCCUCCCCAAUAUCAAACUUACCUUUAACAUCAGAGACAUCCCCAAUGUCUGAUUUACCUUUGACAUCAGAAACUUCUUCAGUGUCUUCCAUGCUUCUCACAUCUGAGACCACAUAUGUGUCCAGUUUGCCACUUCCUUCAGAAACCUCUCCAAUUUCUAAUUCUGCCCUGAGCGAAAGAAUGGUGCAUCAGCAAAGAAAGUCACCUUCCAUAUCUGAAGAACCACUCUGCUCACAGACAGAUGAAGCUUCUGUCCCAGCCAAACCCUUGGGAGAGAGCCUUCUCUCUCAGCAGAAAACUCUGUUGAAUACUCCUGAACCUAUCAAAAUAGGUUCUUCUUCCAUUGCUCCUGAAGCAUUUCCACUUGAAGAACUGCACAAUAAGACCUUGAAUCAGCAGCCAUGUAAAUCACAUGCUGAAACUGAGAAACCCUACAUUUCUAUCACAGAGCAUCCUUCUCCAGAAAUGGUAAAAGCCAAAAAUCACAGUGUCCUGCAAAGAACAGAAAAGAAAGGUGUGUCUUCACCAUUGGAAUUACCUGUCUUUUCUGAAGAGGCAGAGAGUAAGGGAAGUGAGAUUCCAUCAGCUAAAUUACAGGACAAGCAAUAUCCUUCAUCAGUGGAUAAGACCUCAUUUUCAGAAAGCCCUAGAAAUAGACCACAUAAGCAAGGAAGCAUACAGAAUCGAUUGGAAAGCUCACAUACUUCCAAGUCAUCGGAGCCCUCCAUGUCACCUGACGGGAUAAGAAAUGAAAGAGAAUCAGAAAUAUCAAAGAGGAAAACUGCAGAGCAGCAUAGCUUUGGAAUCUGUAAGGAAAAGAGGGCUAGGAUAGAAGAUGAUCCGUCAACUCGGAACAUGUCAUCUAGCAGCCCACCACAGAAAGAACAGCCUCCAAGAGAGGAACCCAGGGUUCCACCUCUCAAGAUCCAGCUUUCCAAAAUUGGACCACCUUUUAUUAUCAAGAGUCAACCCAUCUCUAAACCAGAGCCUCGAACAUCCACUAGCACAUCCGUGAGUGGAGGGAGGAACACGGGAGCCAGGACUCUGGCGGAUAUCAAGGCCCGUGCCCAGCAAGCGAGGGCUCAGCGAGAAGCCGCUGCUGCAGCUGCUGUGGCUGCUGCUGCGAGCAUCGUCUCUGGGGCCAUGGGGAGCCCAGGGGAAGGUGGAAAGGCACGGACCCUGGCACAUAUCAAAGAGCAGACAAAAGCCAAGCUCUUCGCUAAGCAUCAAGCCCGAGCCCACCUCUUCCAGACCACUAAAGAGGCUUGGUUGCCCCAGUUUAGCUCCAAGGAAGGACCUCUAAACAUAGAAGUCUCUUCUACUCCAGAAACAAAAAUUGAAGGUUCAACUGGUGUGAUUAUUGUUAAUCCAAAUUGCAGAUCUCCUAACAAGUCAGCACACCUCCGGGAGACCAGCACUGUAUUACAACAGUCUCUUAACUUGCCGAAAGUUCCAGAAACUGCCACUGACUUAUCUGUGCAUAGUUCUGAUGAAAAUAUACCUGUGUCACAUUUAUCUGAGAAAAUUGUUUCAUCUACCUCUUCUGAAAAUAGCAGUUUGCCCAUGCUUUUUAAUAACAAUACUGUCCCUGUGUCUGUCUGCAGCACUGCUAUGUCGGGAGCAAUCAAAGAACAUCCCUUUGUGGGUUCUGUUGAUGAAUCCUCUGUUCUAAUGUCUGUUGACAGUGCAAACACUACCGUUUCUGCUUGUAAUAUAAGCAUGUUAAAAACCAUCCAGGCAGCUGACCCUCCAUGCAUAGCCAUUAUACCAAAAUGUAUUGAAAACACUCCCGUCCCAGCCGCUACAGAGAGCUCAAGCAUAUCAAGCUCCAUGGAUGAUAAGCAGUUGCUGAUAUCAAGCACUAAUGCUAGUAACUUGGUCUCCAGUCCAUACACCUCUGUGCCAACGCCCUCUGUUGGAAAUAAUUUGCCAAACCAUCUUUCUACUAGCUCUGUCUUGAUUCCCCCAACAGGAAUCAACAACCGAUUUCCUUCUGAGAAGAUAGCCAUGCCUGGGAGUGAAGAUCAGGCCACCGUAUCCAUGGGUACCACUGUGAGAGCAGCCCUCAGCUGCAAUGACUCAGUAGCAGUUGCAGACUCUCUGGUUGCACGCCCACCCAUUGCAAUGUUUACCGGAAACAUGUUCACAAUAAACUCUUAUGAUAAUCCUCCCAAGUUAAGUGCUGAAAGCAUGGACAAAAGUGCAGGGCCUCGAACCAGAGCAGAUAAUUCUGGAAAACCUCAACAACCACCAGGGGGCUUUGCACCAGCAACCAUCAACAGAUCAAUUCCGUGUAAAGUCAUUGUGGACCACAGCACCACGCUGACCUCCAGUUUGUCUCUGACUGUCUCCAUUGAAAGUGCAGAAGCCAGCGUGGACCUCCAGAGCAGGUCGGUGAGGACAGACACGCCCAUACCACCCAUGGCAUGUCCCCAGGUAUCAGUUAUUAGUAGGCCCGAGCCAGUUGCAAGUGAAAGCAUAGAUCAUGGUUCAAGUUUCAUUGCUACUUCUGCAGCAAAACAAGACUGUAAAGCCUUGCAGGCCACCUGCACAAAUCUCCAAGAAUUACCCCUCGUUGUCUCAGAUAAAUUGAAUGAGGUGCCUGCGCCUAAUCACAGCUUUGCUGAGCAGACACAUGGCCCAAGUACUUUCAAAAGUGAAACAGACACAACCUGUAGCAGUCAGUAUAACCCAGGGAACCGGAUUUGCUGGAAUGAUGAUGGAAUGAGGAGUGCAGGCCAGUCUCUGGUUAGCCACUCGAGUUCAAGUAAACAGAAAGACUAUCUAGAACAGAGUUGUCCAACAACGAUCAAAACUGAACACGCCAGCUACUCCCAGAUGUCAGAACUUCACCCCAGGAAUCUUAUAACAAAUGUCACACUCCCUGUGAAAUCUGAACCUCAUGAAGUAGACAAGGGCUUUAGAAUGGACACUGAAGACUUCCCUGGACCUGAACUGCCUCCUCCAGUGACAGAGGUGACCUCUAGUGUGCAACAAACACAGAACGCAAAGGCUUCCAACCCCAGUCCCAUGGAAGAGGCGAUUUCUUUGGCUACAGAUACCCUGAAAAGGGUUCCGAGUGCAGGGAGCUCAAGCUGCCGUCUGUCAUCUGUGGAGGCUAACAAUCCGCUGGUGACACAGUUAUUACAGGGCAACCUGCCUUUAGAAAAAGUGUUGCCACAGCCCAGACUGGGAGCCAAACUCGAAAUUAACAGGCUUCCAUUGCCUCUUCAAACUACCUCAGUGGGUAAAACAGCACCAGAGAGGAGCAUUGUGGAAAUGCCGUCUAGCUCUCCAAAUCCAGACGGCAAGGGCUACUUGACAGGGACGCUUGCACCACUCCAAAUGAGAAAGCGAGAAAACCACCCCAAAAAGAGAGUGGCCAGGACUGCUGUGGAACACACUCAAGUUAAAUGUGAACCAGGGAAACUGUUGGUGGACCCAGAUGUUAAAGGGGUGCCUUGUGUCAUCAACUCCAGCAUGAGCCAGCUAGCGCACAGCCAGCCAUUUAAGCAAGAGUGGCUGAACAGACACUCCGUGCAGAACCGGAUCGCCCACAGCCCUGAAGUCAAACAGCAGAAGCGGCUGCUCCCCUCCUGUAGCUUCCAGCAGAAUCUAUUUCAUGUUGACAAGAACGGCAGCUUCCACUCUGAAGCUGCUACCUCACACAGACAGCAGUUUUACCAAAUGCCUAUGGCUGCAAGGGGCCCCAUGCCCACUGCAGCUCUGUUACAGGCCUCUUCCAAGACCCCAGCAGGCUGUAACACAUUUGCCUUCAAUAGGCAUCUUGAACAGAAGGGAUUGGGAGAGGUCGGUGUUUCUUCAUCACCUCACCAGCUAAGAUUAGCCAACAUGUUAUCCCCCAGUAUACCCCUCAAAGAAGGUGAAGACAUGGGGGCCACCGCACAUGCAAUGGCAAGCAAAGCACUAGUACAUCCUCCACCCCCACCUAAUGCAGAAGUCCUGUCCGAUCAAAAACAGCCACCAGUUACCAUGGAUACCACUAAAAGACUUAGUUGGCCACAGUCCGCGGGCAUAUGUAGCAAUAUCAAAUCGGAACCUCUUUCUUUCGAGGAAGGCUUAAGCAGCAGCUGUGAACUGGGCAUGAAGCAAGUUUCCUAUGACCAGAAUGAAAUGAAAGAACAGUUAAAAGCAUUUGCGCUGAAAAAUGCAGAUUUCUCUUCCUAUUUGCUUUCUGAGCCGCAAAAGCCUUUUACCCAAUUAGCUGCUCAGAAAAUGCAGGUGCAGCAACAGCAGCAGCUCUGUGGAAAUUACCCAACAAUACACUUUGGGAGCACGAGCUUCAAACGGGCGGCAUCAGCAAUUGAAAAGUCCAUCGGGAUUUUGGGAAGUGGCUCCAACCCUGCCACAGGCUUGCCUGGUCAGAAUGCUCAGAUGCCCGUCCAGAACUUUGCCAACAGCAGCAACACGGACGAGUUGGAACUGAAAUGCUCUUGCCGGCUGAAAGCCAUGAUUGUGUGCAAAGGCUGUGGGGCCUUCUGCCAUGACGACUGCAUAGGGCCUUCAAAACUCUGUGUAGCCUGCCUGGUUGUACGAUAA